AUGGGUAGGGGUCGACGGAAGUCGGGUCCUCAGUUGAGCAGCCCAGAAGCCAAGCGCGACGCGGAGACUGUCGCACUCAUCAAUGACAUUCUUAUUGAGGAACCACUGCGUACCAGGGUCUGGCCGCUACUCCUCGGGCUCCCCGAGUCCCUCGGACUCAACAGCAGCGUGCAAGAAUCCCAGGAGGAGCAGGGGGACGCCCUGACAGCCGCCGAGAAGCGGGAUCUGCAGGUCAUCGCAUGUGACCUGGACCGCUCGCUCUGGGCAUUCACAGAAGGUUGUGGCGAGGUGGGGUUGAUACAAUUCUCCAUAAGGAGCUGGACCGAGGAGGCUCGGGCACUCAAGCGGCUGGCCCUGCGCCGUGUCCUCCUGCGCGCCCUGCGGUACCAGGAUGAUGUCUGGUACUACCAGGGCCUGCACGACGUCGCGUCCGUGCUCUUGUUCACGCUGGGCGAGGCGGGCGGCGCCGCCGUGCUGAGUCAACUGGUGGUGACUCACCUGCGGGAUGCCACGCGGCCAGACCUCCUGGCGGCGACGCAAACCCUCGGCCUGCUGUACCCCUUGCUGCGCGCGGCUGACCCACAGCUGUACACCCACCUUCUUUCCUUGGACGAGCCGGCCCUGGAGGUCCCGUUCUUCGCGCUGAGCUGGCACCUCACCUGGUUUGCUCACGACGUGGCAGACCUGAACCAAGUAUGCCGCCUCUUCGACCUGUUCCUCGCCUCCCACCCCCUCAUGCCCCUCUACCUGGCCGCAGUGGCUGUCAAGAGCUGCAGGCAAGCGGUGUUUGCAUGUGGCUCGGAUGGUCCCGCCGUGUACGCUGCACUGAAGGGCCUCAAGGUCCUGUCGCCCUCUGGCCCCGGGGCCGAUGCGCUGGCCAGGGACGCCGCGGCGCUGUACCGCGCUGUACCGCCCUCCGCGCUGCGGUACCUGGAUCUGGGCCAGGCAGUGACCCCAGACGCCUACCUCGUCCAGGGGCUGUGGAAGGUCCCAGCCCAGCCCCUCGACCGGACGCAGGGCAUCAAGGCCGCACGGGCCACCAUCCUGCGCUUGCGAGCGACCUUCCUCCCCCAGCUCCGCGGCAGCUCCCCAGGGGCCAGGAGGAAGCGGCGGUCCGCGGCAGUGGUUGCCGUCCUGUCCAGCUUGACAAGCAUCGCCGCACUGGGGGCGGCCAUCCUCCUCAUCCAAGGCCAGAGGGCCUGGCCGGGGCCGGUGUAG